AUAUCCUGUUGUGUCCACACUAGUAAAUACAAAUAUUAUCAACAACGAAAAUAGGUGGUUUGUUUUGUUACCACUCUUCCUUGAGUGACGAGAUCAGCAUAACAACUUUAUGAAUUAUGUGUUGAGUAUAUACUAACAUUUAGUACUGAGUGAGUGUACUGCUUAAAAACAAAGACGUUUUUAUAUUUUAUUUAUUAUAUAAUAAAAUUUGUGGUUAAUCAUUGAUUAAUCCUAUUUUGAAAUAAUGAAUCUGCCACCUAUUCAGCAAGGGCAAGUGUUACAGCCAGGUAUGGGUCAACAAUCACAACCCCAACCUCAACAACAAAUGCAGCCUCAGAUGCAGCAACCCCAACAGCAUGCACAAGAAAAACUAGACAAUAUUUCUAAAGUUAAAUCUUUAAUUGGACAGUUAAGAGAAUCAUUAGCAGUAACAUUAAAGAAUGCUGCUCAUGCAUUACAUCAAAACAGCCAAGUUGAUGUUGGAACAGUGAAAUCUGUAGACAUGGCUCCCCCUCCAAGAUUUGAUAAAAGCAUGGAGGAAUUUUACUCCAUAUGUGAUCAAAUUGAACUUCAUUUGAAAACAUCAAUAGAAUGCAUGAAUCAAGGAGCAAGCAGUCAACGAUAUCUACCGCUAGCAGUUGCUGCAACUCGCACUGAGCUCAUCCCCAAUCAAGACAUGAACAUUCUGACUUACCCACAAUACCUGUCAACAGUGAGGGCUCAGGUUCUCUAUGCGAAGGAGGUGCAUGACAUGUUACUUACAGCAGCACAGAACAUUUCUGCUGAGUGACAUCUUAUAUUUGUCUUUGUACAUUGUUUUACUAAUUUAAGAAAAAUUGUAAAUUUUUGAACUAGAAUAAAAACAAUAAAUGCAGUUUUAAGUG